CACGUUUUAAUACCGUUCAGACACAUUUAGGCGACAAAGAGUGGUUUAUUUUCGUUGUACUUUCGCUUUCUUUACGGAGAAAAUGACGUUCUGAAUGGGAGAGUCAACAAGCGUUAUUUAGCAUAGCGAAUGAGUGGCUACAUAGAGUGAAAUGAUUACUGUCUACAAGCUAACAUGUAUGCUAACAUCUAUUGCGUCACACGUGAUAUUACAUUUUAUAGUAUAUCAAAUAUUCUAAUAUUCAUUGGAAUUGUCAACAUUUUCAUUUGUCUACAAAAAGGAUAGUACUGAUUGUCAAGCCACCAUCUGUCCCCCUGAAGAAUCUGAAUAAGAUCACUGCAUUGAAGGCUACGUGGGAUUCAUCAUGGUGCAGCAGUUGAAUGGCGGGUCAAAUAGAGACGUGAUGAUUCCCCCGGCUAAUCAACAUAAAAGACCUGCUUUGUCAUGGGCUUUAAAAAUAACAUCUGUCCCUGUGUUGGGCAAGUUCCGACCAACUGUGGGCCAAUGCUGCCAACAGUGCACUCCAGAAAGUUUCUCAAACCACAGUAAGAAGUUUGGACAAAAACCCUCCCUUGGCUUCCACAACAUUCUUGAUAUCAAUGAGACUCACACAAGGUACAGAGGCUGGCUAGUGCGGAGGCUAUGCUGCCUGCUGUGUGUUAGCGGCCGCAAGGUUGAUCCAAGUCCUGUUAACAGCAGGCAGGAGAGGGUCUGUCAGAGCAACAGGGUGAGGGAGGCUCUCACAGCAGACCCUAAAGCGCCUGAGGGGGGUGACAGCCAAGGGCGGCUCCAUCCGCUCUCAUCAUUCCACCCCAUGAUUAAUACCUGCAUAUCCCCGAGCCUUUUGCGAUGUGUGGGCUGGCUGAUGAUAAAGAUGUUUACGUCGGUGUUCGGCAGUAUUCAAGUGAACCUCAACCAUUUUGUGGCUUUGCACAGAGCCACUGAAGAGGGAUCACGGCUUGUCUACACGUACGUGCGUCAAAGCAUGGUGGACAGCGCUGUCCUCGCUCUGGUUCUCUUCUGCAACGACCUGAGAGUCCCCUACACAAUUUGUCCAGUCCAAAUCAACAACUCCUUUCUAAGAUCGAUCCUACAGAAAGUUGGUGUGAUCCUCUUGCCACCAUUUGCAGCAACGGAGCAGGAUGCUGAAAUGGACAGUAUAUACUCACCUGUCAUGACCUCUAGUCUGGUCAAGGGGGGCAAUGGCUGGCUCGCAUCAGGCAGCUCAUCAAAGACGGAUCUGUCCCUGAUGUCACUCUGGUCUCUGUGGGCAUCUCCUAUGACCGUGUGCCAGAGACACACAUGCAGGUUGGCUGGCUGUUGCGGUGGCUGUUGUCGCUUCUUUGGAGGAAACCAGAAGGAAUUGUUCGGAUCCAUUUGGCCCAACCGUUUUCUCUCAAGAAGUACAGAAUUGCAUGUGAUAACCUGCCACCACACCCAUACAUCCGGGACACCCCCCAAAGGACACCUGAGGGAGAUGUGUGACUCAGGGAGGUGCAGCGUAGUUGAAUGGCGCCCUCUACAGGACCUGCUGCUGCCUGUUAUUCUUAACAGCAGGACGGAGACCGAGUUUGGUCAAAGGAAGAUGUCGUGGCUCUUGCCUUCUCACGAUGCACCUAGACCCAAAGAGCAAACCCACCAGGAGAGAGACCUCAACAUCGCCAUUAUUGUCCACCUCAUCUUCUCUGCAACCUCCUGCAUGGCUGUGAUGUCCACCAGUCUGCUGUCCAGUCUUCUGUUGUACAGACACCACAAGGGUGUGAGCGUGUCAGUCCUGUGUCGUGACGUGGCCUGGCUUACAGAGGAGCUCUUGUUCAGGAACAAAGAUGUCGGCUUUGGGGGUAGAUUAACGGAGGUUGUCCACUAUUCCCUUGCUCUGCUUUCUCCUCAUCUCAUCAUAGCCGCCGCGCCGUCAAGAAAAGACCCAUUAGUUGUGCCUCGUCCUACUCUCGCUGCCUCGCUUCACCUCAACCAGCAGGCACAGAUCGUCACACAUGCCUUUAUUUCGGAAGCUGUUGGCGCUUGUGCAGUGUCAGCUAUGCUAUAUGAGGUAGCUGGCAGUGGCGUCAGCAGCAAGGUGAGAUCUGACAGCAUCGAUGGAGAGAAGGUCAAAGGUGACUUGGAGUUUGAUGUUGUGCUCCUGCAGUCCGAGCUGACUGAAAGAGCCCUGCAGCUCUGCCAUCUUCUGCCUCCAGGCUUUAUACCACCCUGCCAGUCAUCCCAGAAUUUUGCUUUGGAUGCAAUUGACAGUCUGGUGCGAUGUGGCAUCUUGAUCAUGGAAGAAGUUCCAAAGGACAUCCCCAUCUGUGAUUUCUGGAAGAGAGAGGGCACACUGACCUGGACAACCACUGACGAACCAUAUCAGAGCGAUUCUGAUUGUGAGGAGCAGGACUUGUGUUCCUACAAGAUAAGCCAGCCGAGUCAGUGCCCUGACAUGCUCUUCUUCCUGUGUAGCAUGCUAGCUGGACAUCUGAGGACACUCUGCUGGACCACAUCGUUCCUAGACCACCUACACACACCUCUGACAGAAACCCAUUUUAUGACUCAGCUGCGCUUACAUCUGUAUGACACAGCAAAGAAGAAGAAGCAGCACUAUGAGAGCUGCUCACAGGAGGCUGCACACACUGCAGUUAGAACACUAAUAGACCUGGGGGUCCUCAUGGAGGAACUGAAUGAAGACGGAGUCUUCCUGGGGCUCACAUCUUUGUUCCUGCUACCAGAAAACAGGCAGAAAGUGCAGCGCUUCAUCUCUCAGUACAUCUACAGUUAAUAUGUUAAACAGCAAGAGGCCUAAACUCCUUGGCGUGAAAGAGCGUUCCAUGUUAGAAAGGUUCCACGCUGUGUGACAGAGGCCUUUUGGGGUUAAUUGCAAUUUGAUUUUUCAGUUAUGAGACAUUGAUUUAAAGGUGUUUUUUUUCUUUUGUAAUAUCAUUAGCAUAAAGCUGCUGGAGACGAAGAUUACGAGGUUGCUGUAAUCAGCUGUGAGGGGAUGAUGAUGAUGCUGAGUGCUUUCCCCAUGUUUAUAUUAUAAUGAGGGAGCUUUUGUUUGCUACACGUUCACAUUUCAACUUUUUAUUUUUUUUGUGCUGUUCAUUGUUUCAUGUUAAUGAUGCCCAUUCCGAUGAGGACCACUUCUGCUCAUUUCAUUGUUGAAUGCAAAAUUGAGUAUUUUGGUUUAUAAAGACAACAAGGAGUCUGAAUUUUUAAAUUGUAUUUCUUCAGCAAUUCAUAGUCAUUGCUCUUGUAACAACAGUCAUAGGUUGCACCUCAGGAGAUUGACCAAAACACCUACAGCAGCAUCAAUACAGUAUGUACAGACAAGAUGCAAAAUCCAGCAGCAGUGCAAAGUCAGCAUGACACUCUACUGCCCCCCAGAGUUGCCCUGCAUGUACUGUUCAGUUCUGAGGCACAACCAAUACACACACACCCACAUAGAAAGUAGUAUUUGCUUGCUCUUUAAAGACGAAAAAUAAUUACCAUCUGUGGUGUUCUGCGAACAAUCACAGCUGAAAUUUAUGAUCAUUUUCAGGUGGAAAUUUCACAGAAUGACUAAACUACAGCAGUUUAGUGGUUGGUCUCAAGCAGGAUGUAACGCCAACUCUGCACGUCCAAAACCGCCGAAUGGGUAAGAGGCAUGCCCUCUAUUGCCCUCUUUACACCAAUGCUUUCCCCGACACAUUCUUCCAAUUACUACAUAAAACCAUAUCUUCCAGUUAACGAGUUGUCUCAAUCAAGCAGGAAACAAUCAAGGUAUUUUUCAUUUCUUCUAGUACUUUACUGUUGGAUGAAAAGUGCAGCUGAUAAUGUGGAUGGGUUUGGCAUAAGUUUAGAUGACUGUGUUGAUGAUGGUGCCUAGCUGGUCUAGUUGGCACUCCACCACAUCUCCUUUCUGGAAGACAGAACCUGCUUGUUAGAACAGAAAAUACUGGUGCCAAUACACAAUUCAACAGCAGCAAUAGUGUUCCAAUACAAUAAUGGUGAUAUUGUUAAGUUGCCAUGUAAAUAAAAUGAAAACAUUUGUCUAGAAACCAGUCCAGGAUGUACCCAGAAUCCCAGUCUAAGAGCUUCAGCUUACUGGUGACCCUAAUGAGGGCAAGCCUUGUAGAAAAUGAAUUGAUGGAUGUUUCUCAGGUGACAGUAAAGCUUCUGUAUAUAAAGUGCUACACACGCACACCAGCUUUUUCUACACUUUAUCAUCAGUUUCACGCACCUUGAGGAAGACGGGUGGCUUUCUGAACACACCGACGCCAGGAGGGGUGCCUGUCAGGAACACAUCACCCGGAGUUAACGUCACAAACCUGGCAAGAGGAAGAGGAAAGAAGCAGAAGGAAGGUAAGGCAUAUUUCCAGCAAAUUCAGUCCCACCUAAUGACUAACUAUCAGCUCCUACAGUUAAGUUUUCACAUGGACUUUGGAGACGUGCAAGAUGAGCAAAACAUGUCACAUUUCAGGAAACUCAGGAACAAAACUCUAAUGAAGAUUUUAGGAAACACAUUAACAAAAGACAAAAUACAUUACAAGCACUUGUGUGAUGGGUAAUGAAAUAUACCAAAGCCCAGAUUGACACUUAAGAAACAAUUAGCUUGAACAUAUGAGGGUGCAUGAUGUGUUGAAUAAAGACAUGAAAUGGUUGACAACAAGGUGCUCAAACUGCUGUCAACACGUAUAUUCCGUGUCAGAAGUAAUGAAUGUAGCAGCCAUACAUAUU